AUGUCCCGAUUGAUUCGGGAUCCUCAUGGCACCUAUAUGUUUCUGGGGCCAUCUGCCAAUCUGUCAGCUGUACAAAGCAUACGAAAGAUUGUUCACAGCGUACUAGGCGCAGGGUAUUUUGCGGAAAUACCGGCAGAGGACGAUCUUGUUGACGAUAUUUCUCCAUUUUCAAUAAACCAGAAUGAAGUGAACAUGGAGGAGCCUCCACGGCCCUCUGUAACCGAUACACGUUAUUACCUCCGAUGGUACAACAGCGCCACAAGCGACGUUUUUGAUCUCUUCGGAUAUGAAGAACUGACCACGGAGAUUAUUCCCUGGUUAGAGCGACCUCCUUCUACUGACUCCGACACCUGCAUCAACUUCCUUGUCCUUGCUAUUGGUGCCCAAUGUGGACCUGAGGACCGUGACGAAGAGACAAAAGCCUACUUCAACUAUGCCCGCGACAUUUCAUCAAGAUAUUUGCUGGGAACGGCAAGCAUUACAAUAAUACAGAUUUACUGCCUCAUCACCACUUAUCUUCUAAACGCAGCUCGGCCUCAUGCUGCCAGUAUGAAUCUCGGUCCGGCUAUCCGCGCUGCUCAUUCCCUUGGGAUUCACCGAGCAGAUAUCAAUGGUCUCUUCCCGACCACAGAUAGCUUCAAGCGUGAGCGAAUCUGGAGAGUCUUGCGCUUGCAAGAUCUCUUUCUGAGCACAACCCUGGGGCACCACCCAUCAACCACGGAGACUCGCGACACCACAUCACAACAAGGCUACUCAGCCUCAGCCGACCUCUGUCUCAUAUUUGAGAAGAUUUUGUCUCAAGUUUACUUAAAGCAGGAGAUUUCCCCCAGUGUACUCCAGAAUGUCACCAAGCACCAUCGGGAAUGGGCCUCUCAUUUCAGGGAAGGUCUUAUGGCGGAUCAUAUUUCUGCCGAUGAAUAUGUGAGCAGUGGAAAUGAAAGAAAAAGUCUCAACAUCGGACUAUGUCAUCUCAAGGAAGCUUACUACUGGACAAUCAUGCUGGUAACUCGCCCGUAUCUGAUGGAUCUGGUCGAGCGGCGCUUAGCCACCGAGAUGAUCAUAUCACCCCCACCGAGCGUCAGGAAUGAUACUAUGUCACCAUCAAUACAGCCAGCCGAUACUCUACUCGCGCAUGCAUCGGUGAACUCAGCCGUGCUCACAAUCGAUCUCUUAAGGUGCUUACUGGACGUGGACCAAAUACCAAAACGACUUCCGUAUGUUGUCAACUCUGUCUUAAAUUCUGCUCUUGUGCUGGGCAUAGCCUACUUUGGGGAUCUGGACCAUUUAUUCCCUCUGGGGCAUGCGAUGGAUGUAGCAGAAAGGUUACUGGACCGCUUUCAAAUGAAUGAUGCGCAGGCACAGUGGAGUCUCCGGAUUGUACGAGAUCUCCGAAACUCGUGCAAUCAAUUUGUCAAAAGACGAUGUGACCGUCAUCUCAGGCAACAAGGGGCAUUGGUCGAGGGCCUCUUCGGCUAUUUAAACCCUUUGCGUGGUCAGGAUCAUAUUUUUAUCACCUCCCGAUCUUCGCCAUCUACGUCACAGGGCUGGGAUAAGGGUACAGAACUUGGAGACUUAGAUGGCAUGAUCGAGGCUGAGCUUUCGGGUUACCCCAGUAAGCCGCCUAUUGAUGAUGCUAAUGCCAUCUGGGAUCAGCUAUUUUGCGGCUCUAUCUCUGGUUCAUAUUUGGAGUUAAACCCUGGGGGGCUCCCGUUAGAAUGGCAGUAG